GGUAAGCCUGGGAAGGGACGGGUGAGCCUUGGGGAAGGGGCUGGCCACCCCAAGGGCACAUUUCCUCCCCUCACUUUUCCUGCUGGCCCCGCGCCGGGGGCCACGACAGUUUCCAGCUCCCUCCCUCCCUCCGCAGCGGCUGGACCUGGAGCCCCUGACCCCACCCCCUUCUGUCCUCUGAGCCCUGGGGGAAAGGGGCGCUUCCAGCCCCCAGGGGAGCUCUGCAGCUGGAGCUCCCACUGAGGCUUCUGCACUGUGAGACCUUCCAAAGCCCCAAAAAGGCAGUGGGGGGUGAGGUGGGGUCCCCGGCGGGGGGGUCCCCUAGAAACAACCUCCCAGCAGCUGAAGAAUCUGCUGCCAAACUGCUUGGACCCCAAGAAAGUGGAGCCUUCUCCCCACCUGCGAGAGCCGGCCCUCCCCACCCUGGAGGGCGGACCCAGCAGCGGGAGGUCCCAGGCUGCCUCCUGCGAAGGAGGGAGGGGAGGGGGGUUAGGCUCCCGAAGGGCAGGGCUGGACGGACGCCUGCCUUAGCUGCCCAACCUCUGCUUCUGCACCUGGGAAGCAAGGGUCCCUUUAGAGCUGGGAGUGGACCUCAACCCAACAUCGGCCGGGCUGCCAGGAGGGAGUCUACAGGGAACUCUGCAUCCAACAGCCCUCUGUCCUGGGGGUGAGGGGGCUGCACCUCCUGGCGUCGGGAUUUGGGGACACUGGCCAACGAGGCCAGGCUACGCAGGGCCUGCUGGGGAGAGCACGAGCACCCCAACCCUGUCUACCCAGCAUCCCGAGGUCAGGACCCCAGGUCCAAAUCCCCACUCCUUGUGACCUAGACUGAGGCUUCUAGGCCUCAGUUUCCAGCUCUGUGAAGUGGGGGUGCUUAGAGGGUGCUGAUUCAGCUGCAGCCCUGCCGAUGCCCGCGGGCUGCGGAGGAGAGUCUGUGAGGGGCAGGCAGUGGGCACCGCCCGCAGAGCCCCCACACCCACCCCGCCUGGACACCUGCAGGGAGGAGCUAUGGGGGGGUCCUUGUUCCUCAAGGGCUCUGGUCCCCAGGGGGCGUCUCUGAGCCCACACAGGAGGAAACUGGGUGCAGAGGACCUGCAGCCACUCAGCAUGUCCCAGCGGCACUCCGACAGCUCCCUGGAGGAGAAGCUCCUAGAAUACCGCUUCCACUCGGAGCUGCGGCUGGACGCCCAGGGAAACCCAGCCUCCACGCUCCCAAUGGUCCGGGGCUCCCUGCGCAGCAAGAGCAACGCGGCCUUCCAGCCCGACUCCCCCGAGGCCCAGGCACCGAGGGCCGUCGUCCUGAGCACGCAGAGCCCGGCAGCCCUCAAGAUGGGCACACAGCAGCUGAUCCCCAGGAGCCUGGCCGUGUCCAGCAAGGCCAAGACCCCCGCCCGCCACCAGAGCUUCGGGGCAGCCAUGCUCAGCAAGGAGGCUGCCCGGCGGGACCCCCGCCUCCUCUCGGCCCCCAGCUUCUCCCUGGACGACAUGGACGUGGACACGGGUUCUGGGGGGGUGCUGAGACGGAACCUGCGGAACCAAUCCUACCGGGCGGCCAUGAAGGGCUUGGGGACCCCGGGAGCCGGGGGGGGGCCCGUCCAGCUCAGCCCCAAGCUCCAGGCUCUGGCCGAGGAGCCCAGCCAGCCUCCUGCUCGGUACGCGGCCAAAAAUAAGAAAACGCUGGGGCGCAAACGUGCACACAAGGGCUCCUUCAAAGACGAUCCCAGGUUGUACCAGGAGAUCCGGGAGCGAGGCCUGAACACCAGCCAUGAGUCUGACGAUGACUUGCUUGAUGAGACCCCCAGCUCUGAGGGGCCCCAGAAGGUGGACACCCCCAUCGUGGUCAAGAGCUACCGGCCCCCCCAGAUCACCUGGAGCCAGCUCCCAGAGGUGGUGGAGUUGGGCAUCCUGGACAAGCUGCCAGCGGAGGAGCGCAAGAGGCAGGAGGCCAUCUUCGAGAUCCUCACGUCCGAGUUCUCCUACCAACACAGCCUCAGCAUCCUAGUGGCCGAGUUUCUGCAGUCCAGGGAGCUGCGGGCAACCAUGACCCAGACGGAACACCACCACCUCUUCUCCAACAUCACGGACGUCCUGAGCGCCAGCCAGAGGUUCUUCGAGGCCCUGGAGCAGCGGCACAAGGCACAGGUGUGCGUGGAGGACAUCAGCGACAUCCUGGAGGAGCACGCCGAGCGCCACUUCCACCCCUACGUCAUCUACUGCUCCAACGAGCUCUACCAGCAGCGAGCCCUGCAGAGGCUGACAAGCAGCAACGCUGCCUUCCGAGAGGCCCUGCGGGAGAUAGAGCAGCGGCCCGCGUGCGGCGGCCUCCCCAUGAUCUCCUUCCUGAUCCUCCCCAUGCAGAGGGUGACCCGGCUGCCACUCCUGGCGGACACGCUCUGCCUCAAGACCCAGGGCCACCCCGAGAGGUACAAGGCCGCCAGCCGCGCCUUCAAGGCCAUCAGCAAGCUGGUGAAGCAGUGCAACGAGGGGGCCCACAAGAUGGAGCGUACGGAGCAGAUGUACACGCUACACACACAGCUGGAUUUCAGCAAGGUCAAGUCCCUCCCUCUGAUCUCAGCCUCCCGCUGGCUGCUGAAGCGUGGGGAGCUCUUCGUGGUGGAAGAAACCGGGCUUUUCCGAAAACUCGCCAGCCGGCCGACCUGCUACCUGUUCCUGUUCAAUGAUGUCCUCGUGAUCACCAAGAAGAAGAGUGAGGACAGCUUUGUGGUCCAGGACUAUGCCCAGAUGGACCACAUCCAGGUGCAGAAGAUGGAGCCCUCGGAGGCCUCUCUGCCGGGGGGCGGCAGCCGCAGCUCCUCUGUGCCACACCCCUUCCAGCUGACGCUGCUGCACAACAGCGAGGGCCGCCAGGAAAAGAUCCUGCUGUCCUCGGACUCCGCGAGUGACCGGGCGCGGUGGAUCACGGCACUUACGUACCGGGAGAGGCAGGGGCAGGGCCCCAGCAACAAAGGAGACCUGCUCCAGGUGGAGGUCACCAAGGCCUACUUGGCCAAGCAGGUGGACGAGAUCACGCUGCAGCAGGCAGACGUGGUCCUGAUCCUGCAGCAGGAGGAUGGUUGGUUCUAUGGUGAGAGGCUGCGGGAUGGAGAGACGGGCUGGUUCCCCGAGGACUUUGCCCAGAGUAUCACCAGCCGCGUGGCCGUGGAGGGCAACGUGCGCAGGAUGGAGCGGCUGCGGGUGGAGACGGACGUGUAGCCGGGUCUGCCAAGCGCCUCUCCAGCCAGGCUGCAUUGGUGCAGCUCUAGUCCACACUCCUGCAAGUGGCCGUGCCCAUCUCCAAGGAGUGCAGGGGGCUUGCCCAGGGGGCCUGGAAGGUCCCUCGUCUCCCCAAGGUCCCAAGGGCUGUGGCACGGGCUCUGGACACUUCCAAGGAGGAAGGUCACAUGGCCUCCAGAGGAGCCUCCCCAGGCCAGCACAGGAGCAGCCCUGACCCCAGGCUGUGUCCCAGGAGGAGCCCGGCCUGGCCGUGCCCUCCCCAGCUCCCAGCCGCCCCCCAGUGCACUCACAAGACAGCUGUGCCCUGGACAUGUGAUAGAAAGUGGCCCUGAGAGCAGGAAUGACCUCAUGCAGUCCCCCUCCUGCCCCAGCCUGGAGUGCCCAGGACUGCCCCAUGUUCCCAGAGGAGGGCCAGCUGCAGGGAGGUGACCCUGUGGUGCCAGCACUGAAACUGAUUUUUGAGACAUUAAAGUAUUUCUUAACACCUGGGUUUGCACAUUGGUGAGCCCAGAUGAGGCCAA